AUCAAUAUUUGUAUUAAGAAAAAUAAAUAAAUCAUAAAUCAGUUGUUUCCAGUGGAUACUUCUAUCUGGAUACAGUUAUCUGGCUGGUUUAAUUUAUGUUGUUUGACAAGGGUUAUCUGACUUCCUUCCCCAGUGCAGGACAGUCUUUUCUAUUACAGUUCACAAUUAGCACUCUGAUGAUGACAUGUUUUUGCAAAAGUUAGAAGAUAGUGUUUCCUUUCAAGAAGCUGACAAUAAUCCAAAAAUAUUUUUUCCCAGACGCACAGUAAAGGAUGCAAGGUGCUAUUACACGGGUUUGCGUGGUGGUAGUAGCCGCUAUCCUCAACCAUCCUCUGCUCUUCCCUAAUGAGAACACCACCCUCCAUGAGCAAGAUGAGGAUAUUCUGGCCCGGAUGAAAGAGCACCAGGAGAAGCUGGAGGCCGAACAGGAGCUCCUGGAGCAGGAGAUCUCACAAACAGAAACAGCUCUGAUUGGUGAUCAGGACAGUUACGGCUGGUACUUUUGGAGCGCCCUCUGCCUUGUCAUUUUCUUCACAAUUGAGGUUUGCAGGCAGGAUAUGAUCCCUGCUGAAAUUCCAGACCCAGUGGAAGACGAAGACGGAGAUUCCAGUGCCGGAUAUCUCAGCGCUAAGUCAGUAGCCUUAGAUAAAGACGUCCUAAAUAACUUCUGCAAGACCCGCUUCCACCCUUUUAUCCACGAGACCGGGAGAGUGCGGGAGUUUAUCGAAGGCUUUGCAGAUGAUUUGCUUGAGGCCUUGAGAAGUGUUUGCGAUCGAGAAGCUGACCUGGAAGUCGAGGACUUUGUUGGCAUAGGAAGUAUGUUUGAGUCCUGGAGGGUGUCUAAACCUCCUAUGUGUGACCUUAUUGUGCCUUUUUCUCCACCCCAGCCAUUCAGGUUCCAGUUUCAGCUCUGGUGCGACCCUGCCACUGAAAUCCCACUUGACCUGCAAGGAUGUGGAAGGAUUCAACUCAUAAAACCAGGUUGUCUCUGUGGCUCAAUCAAUCUUGGUGAUGAUAUGCUAUGUCUGCUUCACAAUAGAAAUGAGUGUGAAAAGCUUAAGGAACACACUUUGGUGGAACUCCUCUGUGCAAGGAACACCACGUAUUUGUCGAAAGAUCAGAUCAUGAGAUGGUUUCAGAUCUCAGUGACCAAAGCAUGGGGCCAGAUCUCUCAUAAGUAUGAUUUUGAGCUGGCAUUUCAGAACCUGGACUUCCCCGGAGCUCUUAAAAUCAAGUUUAGGUCUGGAAAGACUGUCGUUCUCAAUGUUACCCCUGCUGUUCAGUUUGAGGAAACAGACGCUUACCUUAUCUCUCAUUUCCCAUCUGACACUAGCAACUCCUCAGACAUUCACUGGCAACUCUCACUAUCCGUCUAUGAAAGAAAUCUGCUUAAAUACCUAGCGAAAAGACUUCCUACCAACUCGUGUCACAUUCAUUGUCUUCAGAUAGUUUCUUUCUUGCACAAAAAGCAGACGGCUUUGACUGGGAGAAGCGCCUUUUCAAAUUACCAUAUAAAGACGGCGCUCUUGCAUCUGCUGUUGAGUAAACGUCUUGCGAUGUGGCAGCCGCAGAAUCUUGAUCACAGAUUACGAGAUCUGCUCAGCUUCCUUCAGCAAAGCUUGGAGGAAAAGAGACUCUAUCACGUCGUUGUUGGGAACCCUCGGAUACCAAUAGAAAUUCUGGUUCCCAAAAUAAUCUGUUCUGGAGAGCCGAUAAACCUGUUUAGGCCUCUUGUGUUGCAGAGGCACGUAUAUGCCAAAAUGGAGGAUCAUUUUCAGGAGAUGGUCAGAAAUACAUCUGUGCUUGUUCAGGAAUAUACCCCUCACUUUUCUAACGGUCACGUGAGACAUGAAUUCAGCUCAGAAGACCAUGUGUAGACUUACCCGCUGCUCUGGCUUUGAGUGCAGGGGAUUUCUACAGCCUAAUUACAUGAUGUUAUGCACUUCGAAUGUAAACAAUA